AUGACAUCAAAUUCGUUUAAGCUAGCUUGUAUACAACUUGCUGUUGGUUCUAAUAAGAGGACCAACCUCGAUCGUGCAAAGGGUAAAAUAUUGGAGGCGGCUCGAGAAGGGGCCAACGUUGUAGUUCUGCCCGAAUGUUUCAACUCUCCGUAUGGAACACAAUACUUUGCCGAGUAUGCAGAGAGUAUUCCUGAAGGAGAAAGCGUCUCUGUACUAUCACAAGCGGCAAAAGAAGCCAAAGUUCUUCUUGUUCCAUUCCGGAACGAGACAAAGAAUCCGGCAAAUUGUACAACACAUGCACUGUGUAUAAUCCUCAAGGCACGAGAAUUGAUUGCCACGCAUCGAAAGAUACAUCUAUUUGAUAUCGAUAUCCCCGGUAAAAUCAGAUUCCAAGAGAGCGACAUAUUGAAACCAGGAAACUCUUUGACGAUUUUUGAUACCGCUUAUGGUAAAAUGAGCAUAGGCAUUUGCUAUGAUAUGAGAUUUCCAGAACUAGCAAUGAUUGCUGCGCGUAAAGCUUGUGUUAUGAUGAUUUAUCCUGGGGCGUUCAAUAUGAUAACUGGGCCGCUGCAUUGGGAAUUAUUGCAACGAGCCAGGGCAGUCGAUAAUCAGUUGUUCGUAGCAACUUGUUCUCCCGCGCGUGAUAUGAAUGCGACAUACAAUGCAUGGGGUCAUUCAACUGUUGUAGAUCCAAGUGGACAAAUUAUUGCUACAACGGAACAUGAGGAGGCAACAGUAUAUGCAGAGAUUGACCUUCAACAAUUGCAAACCGUUCGCCAAUCUAUACCAGUGUCCAUGCAGCGCCGAUUUGAUAUAUAUGUUGACGUAGCCGCAAACGCGAAGUAA